CUUUACCUUACCAACUACCACAACUUUGUUGGGGAUUUGAAACCAACAACUCGUUGCACUUUUUUUUCUUCUUUUUACGCGUUUUAACUUGAAUUUUCUUCAAAGUUAAACGAUAAAAACCACCUGCUUCUUUUUUUUUGAGUCUCAUUGAUAGAUUCCCCGAAUCGCGCGUCGUUCCUACUUGUUCCGCUAUUCGUUUGCGUUUUCGCAUUCAAACUCCUUUUAUCAUUUGCGUGGUAGCAGACUUUGAGCUUUAACCUUUGCCUGAUUUUCACGAAUCCAUUGAAUUUCACAAAAAAAGCACAGAGUACAUAUAACCAAUUUACGACGAUAUAGAUUUUCUCUUUGAGAUUUAUUUAGUUCUUUUCUUUCGUUUUGUGACCAACCUUCUUUCUUAUUCUUUGGAGAGAACAAAGUUACAGACAACGAACAUAAUAUUGAAUCCGCAGUCUAUUUUAUAGUGUGAUUUUGUGGAUUGAAUCAUUUUUCGUAUUCUUUCCCUGUCCCAUACCCCAAUAUCCUCUGAUAUCCAAUUUUUCUUUCUAAUUUGUUGGUAUAGUCUUUCCUUUCCUUUUUGGUCAAGGCCCCCUGAUUUGAUUCCUUCUUUCUUAUUUUUUUGGUUUCAAAUCGUUUAUUCAUUAUUUGUCGAAAGCCUUUGCGUUUUUCGUUCAAUUCCUCUUCAUUCGUUCAUUUUCUUUGACCGACCAUUUUCGGUUUUCUGAGAAACUAUCGACAGAUCCUUCGCUAAGUUUCUGCGUAUACAUAUUUUUUUUAACAAGAUGACUCAACACGCUGCCGAUUACUCUGUUGUUUUAGAACCACCUGCUCGCCUUCACAAGGAUGCCUCUGUUCCCAAGCCUAACUUAUCCAGCAUGGAGGAAUAUAAAAGCAUGUAUGAACAAUCAAUACGUGAUCCUACUACCUUCUGGGGAAACAUGGCUCGUGAAAUGAUACACUGGCAAAAGCCUUUUGAAACUGUCAAGCAAGGCUCCAUUGAAAACGCUGAUGCUGCUUGGUUUACUGACGGUUUAAUUUCACCCUGCUAUAAUCUUGUCGACCGUCAUGCCAUAGAACGCCCUAAUGACAUUGCUUUGAUAUAUGAAGCUGAUGAACUUAAUGAAGGCCGUUACAUCACUUAUCGUCAACUUUUGGCUGAUGUAUCCCAAUUUGCUGGUGCAUUGGCUGCCCUUGGCGUUACUAAAGGUGAUCGUGUUGCCAUUUAUAUGCCUAUGAUUCCGGAAACUGUUAUUGCCAUGUUAGCCGUUAUUCGUUUAGGUGCUAUUCACUCUAUCAUCUUUGCUGGUUUUUCAGCCGAAUCUGUGACUGAUCGUAUCAAUGAUUCCACCUGUAAACUCAUCAUUACCUGUGACGAGAGUCAUCGUGGUGGUAAGCGUAUCCCUCUUAAGUCUGUCAUUAACAGAGCGUUUCCCAAUUGCCCCUCUUUAACCAACGUCCUUGUUUUCCAACGUUCUCCCGAGGCCUCCACGGCUAUGGAAGAAGGUCGUGACAUUUGGUGGCACGAUAUAGUUCCUAAAUUUCCCAAAUAUUAUCCUCCCGCCGUCGUCAACCCUGAGCACCCCUUAUUCCUUCUCUACACUUCUGGUAGCACUGGUAAGCCCAAGGGUGUUGUUCAUACGACUGGUGGAUACUUGCUUGGUGCUGCUGCCACUUGUAAAUACAUUUUCGAUCUCCAUCCUACUGAUCGUAUGGGCUGUGCUGGUGACGUUGGUUGGAUUACUGGUCACACCUACAUUGUCUACGGCCCUCUCAUGAUAGGUUCUGCCACCCUUAUCUUUGAAGGUACUCCUGCAUAUCCCGACUAUUCUCGCUAUUGGAGCAUUGUUGAACGUCAUAAGUUAACUCAGUGGUACAUUGCUCCUACUGCCAUUCGUCUCCUUCAACGCGCUGGUGAUGACUAUGUAAAGUACGACCGUUCAUCCCUUCGUGUGUUGGGUAGUGUAGGUGAACCAAUCGCUCCUGAAUCAUUCAUGUGGUAUUAUAACGUGGUUGGCCAAGGCCGUUGUGCUGUGGCUGACACUUACUGGCAAACUGAGACUGGAUCUCAUAUUGUAUCUUCUAUGGGUCCUGUUACUCCCAUGAAGCCUGGCUCUGCUACACUCCCAUUCUUUGGUAUUGACGCUGUAAUUAUUGACCCUAUCAGCGGUCAAAUAAUUGAAGGCAAUGGAGUUGAAGGUGUUCUUGCUGUGCGUAAUAGCUGGCCUAGCGCCGCUCGCACUGUAUGGAAGGGACAUGAUCGAUUCAUCGAUACUUAUUUGAAGCCUUAUCCUGGUGUCUACUUCACCGGAGAUGGUGCUUACCGUGACAAAGAUGGUUACAUCUGGAUUCGUGGUCGUGUUGAUGACGUUGUAAAUAUUUCUGGUCACCGUCUGAGUACCGCUGAAAUUGAGGCUGCUUUACUUUCUCAUGAUUCUGUUGCCGAAUCUGCUGUUGUUGGUAUCCCGGACGAACUUACUGGACAGGCUGUCAAUGCCUUUAUUCUGCUUAAGCCCAACGUUGUCGCCAACGCUGAUCUCGAAAAGCAAUUAAUUAUGAGCGUUCGUUCUACCAUUGGGCCAUUCGCUGCUCCUCGUAAGCUCAUUUUCAGUGAUCUUCCCAAGACCAGAAGUGGAAAAAUAAUGCGUCGUAUUCUUCGUAAGAUCCUUGCUGGUGAGACUGAUCAAAUUGGUGAUGUGAGUACUCUUGCCGAACCCAAGGUGGUGGAGCACAUCAUUCACGCUGUUCAUCAUGCUCAUGAAAAGAAUGCUUAAAAUAGAUGAUUAGUUUGCCGUUUACAAAAUUAAGCAUACAUCAGGGAGGUGUUGAGCUGCGGUGUCGUAAAUUCCUUCAGUUCGAUGAACGUUAAGAUUAGCCAUGAUUUUUUGAUUUCACGAAAAGAUGUCCAAAUCUCAUGAGCUUCUUAUGGUGAUAAAGCUGUACAUUUUAAUUGUGUUGAUAAAGAAUUGAUUUCAACUUCUCCAUUGUAAUCUAAAACCUUUAUUAACGGAAAUUAUUAUGACUAGUAAGAUAAGUUGUAAGUUUUUGUAAAAAUGAAUAUAGAAGUAUUGAAACGUUCAGAACUGUUGUAUGAUGUUAAAAACUACGAACGGAUCUCCUACAAAGGACUUGAUGAUACAAAAACGAG